UCAUUAGCACCAACAAUUCGUAACGUAACACUAGCGAGUGAAUGUAGCUCCAAUCAAUUUUAGUUAAAAAAAAAAGAAAAAAAAAAAGACAGGAAAGAAGACUAAAGUCGUUGAAGAACCUUUUGACCAUCGUGAAAGAUGUUGGUGAGAAAUUUACAGGCAACGUCGGUGUUACCAGUACUGUUGCUGGUAACUUACGUAUCAGCACAAUGUCUUACCGGAAACGACAGUCCUCCGACGAUGAGCGCUGGCUCAAAGAAAGGUGUGGUCAACUCGAGAUUCGAAUUCGCUCUCGAUACUCUUAAGAAGAUGUCUUUGAUCGAAUCGCGCGGCAACAUCUUCUACAGUCCGCAUAGUCUUCAUCAGGCUCUGACCUUGGCGUACUUCGGUGCUCGAGGCACUACUGAGGACUCCUUAAAAAAAGCCUUGCAUCUACCUAACGAUCUGUCCAAGGUCGACGUGCAACGAUAUUAUGCUUACGAGAAUUCCCUCAAGAAUCAAGGUGACCAAGAGAAUUCAUCACGAGGUUACGAGUACAACUCAGCGAAUCGAUUAUGGGUAUCGAGCACGAGAAAAGUACGAGAAUGUAUGUUGGACUUAUUUGGAGACCAACUGGAAAAGACUGAUUUUCAUACUAAUCCAAGCGCGGUUCGUGAUCACAUUAAUCAAUGGGUGAGCAACAUGACCAAAGGACAUAUCCGCGAUCUUCUUCCUGUUAACAGUAUUGGAGAAGAUACUGAUUUGGUCCUGGCUAACGCAGUAUACUUCAAAGGUCUUUGGGAAAGUCGUUUCGAUCCAACUGAUUCUAAGAAAGAUAUUUUCUACAUUUCGAACUCUCAACAUUCCAUGGUUACAUUCAUGAAGCAGUCAGGACAUUUCAAUCAUCUCGUCUCCGAAGUACUUGGCGCGCACGUGCUAGAACUGCCGUACAAAGGCAACGAAAUCUCAAUGUUCGUCCUUCUUCCACCAUCUGUUUCCGUCGCAAAAUCAGCCGCUAACGUUGAACAAAACGGGGAAAGAGACAGUGUUCGUCAACUAAUAGAACGCAUUUCCACCGAAUUAGGAUCCACAGAACUCCGCGAUCUCUUGGAUUCCGGCAUACCACCUCAACAAGUCGAUGUUAUCUUACCGCGAUUUGAAGUCGAAAAGGAUCUUCCAAUAAGAACGCUGCUUCAUGCUAUCGGUGCAGGCGAAUUGGUAAUGCCUAAUGCUGCCAAUCUUCGAGGUUUCGUUGAGGAUGGUGAAGAACCAUUGCAUUUGGGCGACGCUGUCCAUCGUGCGCGAAUCGAAGUCACUGAAGAGGGCACCACUGCAGCCGCAGCUACUGCUCUCUACACUUUCCGAUCUGGACGACCAUUGCAACCGGCAAUUUUUAAUGCGAAUCAUCCUUUCUUGUAUUUCAUCUAUGAGAAACCAACUCGUACUAUUUUAUUCAGUGGAAUUUAUCGUACACCUAAUACUCCACAAAAUACCGCGGAGACAUCAGCUCGAAAUGUUUGAAGAAUGAAUGUGAUUGUCGUCGUUAUUCUCUGUUUAUUUUUGAAGAAUGUGGUGCGAGGAAUAAGAAGCUUUAUAUGUGUUUGUAACAUAUACAGGUAUGAAUGUUUGGUAAGAUGUGUUUGCAUGUAUAUAUUUUAAGAUGAGUAUAAUCGAUAAUUAUUUACAGAGCACUUAAUAUUUAUACUAAAUUUAUAAUAUACUAAAAUAUUUUGAUGGAUAUUGUAUAAUUUCGUACAAAUCGCACGUGUAUUUCAAAAGUGUCACAAUAAGUAUCAUCGUAUCAAAAUAAUUUAAUCAUGUGAUCGAAGAAGAUCAAAACCGUCAAAGGAUUUCCAGGACUGAAAAUGGAGAAUUACACAUUCCAUUUUAGCUUGCAAAUAGUGUUUCGUUUUUCCUGAAAAACUUGUGUUGAAUUGUGUCACUUUUGACAUACAUGUGUGGAAUGUAUCGAAUAAUAUGAAUGGAAAUUUGUAAUCGGAUUCUAUUAUAAUAUGUUGCUGCGUUAGAUAUAGUAAAAAUUAAAUUAUUAGACUAAAGGACAUCAAGCUGAGAUGUAUCAAAUUAUAAUCAAAUUCGAUUUAUUGUACGUAUAACGCAUAUACACGCACAAUAUUCGAAUUUACUAACUAAAACGAAGAAAAUAAUAUGUAUUGAACGAGUUGUGUUAUGUUUGCAAUUGUGUUUGUAAUUGUGGAGUGUUGUUAAAGGUUUUAUAAUUUUUUUCGACGAUUAAAAAUGAUGAUUGUAAUUUCUGUUUCUAAUAUGAAUUUCAAUCUAUACAUGUUAUAUUGAAAAUAUAAAUUUAAUAUAAGUUUCCUUAUUUAUAUAAUAUGUAAAUUAUAAUUAUCGAAAUGGUAAAUCUUUCACAUUUAUCAAUUCAAAAAAUAUUUUUCAACCCUGAUAUGAGAGCCUAAAAAACAGGUAUAAUAUUUUACAAGAAGAACUUCAGAUUUGAUAAUAUUUAAAAACAUGUGCAAAUGUGUUACUUGUGAAUGCUUGUACUUAUAUUUUAUAUACGUGUAUUGGAAAAUUGUAAAUUAAAAAUGCAGAAUAUUUUAUCCAUGAA